AUGGCGUUGCCCCCUCCUGAUCCUCUGUUUGUUCUCCGCGGGACCGGCGCGCCGGUGAACACGCUGUGUUUCUGCUGUCGGAACCAGGAGCUGGACAAGCCCCUCCUCUUCUCCGGCUCUGCCAAUGGAGCAAUUCAUGUUUGGAAUCUGAGGACAAGGAGGACAGAGAGUGUGCUGGAAGGACAUGGAGGGGCGUCAGUCUUGUGGGUCCAGACUCUCAACAGCAGAGAUGCCCUGAUCAGCCAGGGUCGUGACUUGCGAGUGUCCAUGUGGGACCUGGUUCGAGUUUUGGAUCUUCCCAGUAAGACACUGGUCUGCACUUUGAAGCCAGAUGCUAAGAUAGGCAUGCCUAUGUGUCUUAAACUAUGGCAGCCGGACUCGGGAUCCAGCCCCUUGCUGUGGGCAGGCUAUGAGGAUGGAUCGGUCUCCCUCUGGAACCUGUCAGAACGAAGUCUGCUGAGCCACCUCACUUGCCACGCUGAGCCCGUCAUGAGCCUUGACUUUGACGCUGGGAAGUUAAGAGGUGUCUCGGGCUCCUCGGAGAAGGCCCUCAACUCCUGGACGCUUGACGGACAGCAGAGCCUCAAGCUGCAGGAUUCAGUAGAGCUGGUGAAUCCGGGGAUUUCACACCUCUGUAUCCAAGAGGACAGAAGGAUCCUGGCGACAGCAGGUUGGGAUCACCGCAUCCGUUUGUUUGGGUGGAAGAAACUGAAGCCCCUGGCCGUGCUGCAGUACCAUACAGACAUUGUGCAGUGUGUCGCGUUUUCAGAUCACGACUUGCCCAGCAAGAGACUCAUGGCUGCAGGAUCCAAAGACCAGCGCAUAAGCUUUUGGUCUGUAUAUAACCAGAUUUGAAAGGAUAUUUCUACAUGUAAAGAAGAGUCUUCAAGGUGCAUGUUGUGAAAUCCAUGGAGCUCCCAUGCCUUAUUAAAUAUCCUGUUACCAUCACUAGAGGUAUGAUAAAGCACUGCAGGAUGGGAUAAUGUGCUGGUUAACUCUUUCAGGGAGAGAAACUGGACAUUUGGUACAUGGGCUGACAUAAUGAUUGCCACUUCUUCUUUUAUUAUUAUUAAUAUUGUGUAAUACGACAGGGAAGGGGUUAAGUUUUCCCUGCCAAAAGACAUGUAAGAAUGCACAUUUGG